AUGGACGAAGAUACAUGUUCGCAUUGCGAAAAGAUCUUUGCCGGACCUCAUGAGCUAAGACGCCAUUUCGAGGAACAGCACAACCCUAUGAAACGUUGUCCCUGGUGUGACUUUACGGAAAAGAGGAAGGAAAGGUUGUUUAAGCAUAUGAAAAAGUGCAAUGUGCCGCGAGCAGAACAUCGUACCUCUCUCGGUCUGUGCCCCUGGUGCAAUCAUACGGAACCAGUUAAGGAAGACCUUUUUGUGCAUAUAGCCAGGACUCCUAAUCAUAAAAGACCGUACAAGCAACGUUCAGUCUUGGCAUCGAUGAACCUAUCUCCAGCUAGGAGUCGCAAGCGUAUAAGCCGAAGCAGUCGUUCAUCCUCUGGAAAUUCGAUAUGUUUACAAGACGAAGAUAAAGUGUCAUCAACCUUGACACCUGCAGGCAGAGACGUCAGCCCAGCAUUCUCGAACUUAAGCCUACAACAGAGCCUCCGAGGCCAGGAAACCCCAACGGAGGCUUUCCAACAUAUCACGUCGCAUCCCGAAAGCCAGGCAGUAUCCCGCGCUGUCUCAGCUGGAGCUGAUCCGAGCCUGUCGCCGUUAAUGUUUUCGCCUUUCGAUAGUCAAGACCCGUGCAUACAAGACACUUCUUGGAUUCAGUUCUUUGCUGAUAGCUUGGAUCUCUAUCUAGCGACGACUUCUGAUGCUCCACGCCCUGAACACAUCGACAACCCCGUACACCUGGAUUCCAGCCUGCUUGCCAACCCAGCCCAGGCAGCGACUGGCUUUCCCCUUGCGUUUGGACAACGUCCACAACACCCAACCGACUUCUACACUCUCCAAAGCUCCUACUCGGAGUCUGCAACAGAGCUUUUUAAUGAAGAUAUCUCAGUGCAGAUAACAGAUGGGGACUCGCCUCUCUUGUUUCAAUAUGACCCGCUACCACAGCUCAGGGACCUCAACUUCGACUUCCUCGAAGACUUGGUAGAUCUGAACCUGCAGGCUUCCACGGAGUUCGGAUGGGCGGGCUACUUAGGAUAG